UAAGCAUGCUACCUUUAGCACAUCUCUCCAUUAUAGACAGAUAUCUCGGAUUUCAGAGGAAUAGAUAUAAACUAUUUAGGUUUUAACAGGCCUACAAAGACAAAUUUGAAUAAAAAUUUAAGGGAAUUAAGAUAUUUUAUGCUGUUAUGGAAUAGGACAAAAACAAAAACUGUAUAUCGAAAAAAGAGCAUACUUAAGAGUUUAAAAAUGAUGAGAAGGAUUGUGAUAAUAUUUUUCUUCAACUUUAGUGAAUCAGGUAUUGCUUUCUCUAUCUCAAGUGUCAAACUUAUUAAAUAUUAUUACUCCUGUGAUAUCUAGUUAUUUAAAAGAGCCUCUUUGAAAUAUAUUAACAAUUUUUCUUCUAGAGAUACUUUAUCUAAAUAUUAUCCAAAGAACUAAAAUUUUAAUAAGAGCCAAAUUGAUAAAAUUUGCCAAAAUUUGCCAAAAAUUCCCAAACAGUGGCAAUUAACUAUAACAUACCCCCAACACCCCCACUAUUCCUAAAGACUCUCCCAAAACAUGCCACCAAAGGUACGCCCUCCUUAUAAACCCUACUAUUCCUCCCCCAACACUAAUUCCCAUCCUUCCCAAUCUUCCUCUUAAUAACUCACUUCAAAGAGGUCUCAGCCUAUUUUUCACUAACAAUUUAUCAACAGAGAGCUGCGUAUUUUGGAGUUUGAUUUCGAACUUUUUAAAGUUAUUAAUAUUUUGGAAUAUAUUGAGGUCUUUGGGUUAAAAUUUAUGGAAAUUAUUGAGAGCUGUUGUGCUGGUUGGGAGAUGGGUAGUGGACUU